AUGGCACAGUUCUUCAUCAAGCCCGAGGACUUCGCAUCCCUUAAGGACCAGGUCAUUGUUGUCACUGGUGGUUCUUCUGGCAUUGGACUGGCCACAGUAAAGCUAUUGCUGGAUACUGGAGCUCACGUAUUCAUGGGUGAUCUCCAAGAUGCGCCAGUAUCACAUGACAGAUUGACAUUCGUGCGGACGGAUGUUACUUCCUGGACAGCCUUGAAGAUACUGUUCAACACAGCAGCCACCAAGCAUGGCCGCAUUGACCACGUCUUUUCAAACGCAGGCAUCGGACCCAAGGUGAACUACCUCGACGAUCGAUACGAUGAAACUGGCGACCUCAAGGAGCCUGACACCAUCGUCUACGAUAUCAAUCUGCGAGGCAUGAUCAACACUUCCUACCUUGGUAUUCACUACAUGAAGAAACAGGAGCCCAAAGGCGGCAGUAUCGUAUGCACUGCAUCUGCAUCAUCAUUCCAGCGAUUCGAGGCUUGGGAUUACACAACAGCGAAGCAUGGCGUUUUAGGCUGGAUGCGUGGCGCAAUUCCAAAUUUCCAAGAAAACGAUCUUCCCAUUCGCGUAAACGCCAUUGGGCCAUCAUGGACCCUAACCGGCCUCGUGCCUCGCGAGCUGUUCGAGAACACCGGCAUUGAAACCCAAGAACCCGACGUCGUCGCUCGACAAGUCGCUGUGCUCAUGGCCGACAAGACCCGAACCGGGCAAUUCAUUUACUCCACCGCUGGAAGGAACUACGAAGUCGAGGAGAAAAUGUUGACGACUGCGUGGGAGAUAGUAAGUCUUCGUAGCGGUCUUGCGCGCCUCAUGUGA